UUGAAAUACAACCGUGAACAAGCCACAAAUAAGAAAGGUGUUUUUAAGGCGCUUACUGUAUUUUGCUUGCUCCCGUCCACCGAUAGUCUCAAAGGAAGUGCAUUCGACCGGAAGUACUUACUUGGCCAUAAAGUACUUUGCUAUUUGCGACGGACUCUAAUCAUUUUGCGGUAGGAACAUUCUAGUUUACGGCCGCGCCGGUCCAGAAAUAGUAACCAGUGUGCUCGAAAGAAGUAAGAUUAAGUUUACUACCUGCCUGUUCGAAGGAAUAUUUUCUUAUUAUAUAAACUACAUCCAUUUAUUGUGGCUAGAUUCAAAUUUUACACUUACUCAUAUGGAAACUUAGCGUCAAGCACACGCUGUGGUUUGAACGUGACAACUGACGCUACAUUUCUCCUCCUAUGACAUGCGAUAUUAGCUAACUUAUUAGAAGUAUUUUUACGUCGUGUGGCACGAAGAUCUGUCCGAUUCCUUCACGAUCAUGCCUAUUCAGCUGACAAGUCAGGCUUACUGUAAAAUGCUCUUGCACGCCGCCAAGUAUCCGCACAGCGCCGUCAACGGGUUGCUGGUUGCAGAAAAAGCCAAGGACAAAAAGAAAGACAGUCACCACGAUCCGGUCUUGUGUGUCGACUGCGUGCCGCUGUUCCACGGCACACUGGCUCUUGCACCCAUGCUCGAAGUUGCCUUAACAUUGAUUGAUACAUGGUGUAAAGAAAACAAUUAUGUCAUCGCAGCAUACUAUCAAGCCAAUGAACGCACAAAGGAUUCUAGACCCAACCAAGUUGCUGAAAAAGUGGCAGCAAGGAUUUCUGAGUGUUUCAGUGAAGCCGCAAUUGUUAUGGUUGACAGCAGCAGAUUAAAAAUGAGCUGCCGCGAACCUAUUGUGCUCAUUUAUGAUCAUCACGAAAACAAAUGGAAAAGCAGAGAUGUCAAUCUCGACUCCUUUGAGGACUGGAGCGAAGCGCAGAAGAUCACGUCGGCUCUUCUCGAGGGUAGGUCCUACGAAAAUUUGAUUGACUUUGACAAUCACCUGGACGACCUCAGGAACGACUGGACCAACCCGGUGAUCAACAAGUCUGUCCUGGACCUGUGUUAAGACCGUCGGCCGUGCAAGCUUAAAAAGCGCAUGGAGACUGAUGCCAUUGCUACUUGUGGCACAGGAGCACACAAUGCUCAACGCUGUCCCGGUUCCACCUGUAGUUCUGCUAUUGUCCAGAACUUGUGGAACAUUGACCGUUUAUUAGGUCAAAUGAUCUCAAGGGCAAGCACCUGGUGUGCACUUUGGCAGGUAGUACAGACACAAUAUGGCUCAGUGCAUUGUUUUUUAAGAGAGAAAAAGAGAAUGCUGUGUCUAUUUGUAGUUAUAAAUUAAACAUAGAAAAUAUUUGAUCAGUUUUCUUCUUCUUAACAUUGAUAUGAAGUAGCCAUACAUAGAUAGAAUCCCAAAUACAGUGUGCCUUGAGAUAAGAGUUUCUGUUCUGUGACCACGUUUGUAACUCAAACACUUCUAUCCCAAAUCACAUUUUCCCUUUGAAAUGGAUGGAAAUCCCAUUAAUCUGUUCCAGGAAAAAAAAAAAUAGUAAGAAAAAUAGUACUCUAUAAUAUUUUACUCCAUAAAAACAUACAGUAAUGACAAUUAAAUGGAAUGUAAAGAAUUAAACAGUUUUUGACACAUUUUGCUUCAAUUCAAUGGACGUGGUGCUACUCCUGGUGUACAGUGGGUACGGAAAGUAUUCAGACCCCCCUUAAAUUUUUCUCUUUUUGUUAUAUUGCAGCCAUUUGCUAAAAUCAUAAUUUUUUUUCCUCAUUAAUGUACACACAGCACCCCAUAUUGACAGAAAAAAACAACUGACAUUUUUGCAAAUGUAUUAACAAAGAAACACUGAAAUAUCACACAGCCAUAAGUAUGCAGACCCUUUGCUGUGACACUCAUAUUUAACUCUGGUGCAGUCCAUUUGUUCUGAUCAUCCUUGAGAUGGUUCUACACCUUCAUCGGAGUCCAGCUGUGUUUGAUUAUACUGAUUGGACUUGAUUAGGAAAGAAAAAAAAAUUUUAGGAAAUUUAUUAGGAAAAAAAAAAACACCUGAAGGACUCCAAAAUGGUGAGAAAUAAGAUUAUCUGGUCUGAUGAGACCAAGAUCUCAAAUUGUUGGCCUUAAUUCUAAGUAGCUUGUGUGGAGAAAACAAGGCACUGCUCAUUACCUGUCCAAUGCAGUCCCAACAGUGAAGCAUGCUGGUGGCAGCAUCAUGCUGUGGGGUUGUUUUUCAGCUGCAGGGACAGGACAACUGUUAGCAAUCGAAGGAAAGAUGAAUGCGGACAAGUACAGGGAUAUCCUGGACGAUAACUUCCAGAGUGCUCAGGACCUCAGACUGGGCUGAAGGUUCACCUUCCAACAAGACAAUGACCCUAAGCACACAGCUAAAAUAAUGGAGUGGCUUCAGAACAACUCCGUGACUGUUCUUGAAUGUCUUUUAGCAAAUGGCUGCGAUAUAACAAUAGUGAAAAAAUUAAGGGGGUCUGAAUACUUUCUGUACCCACUGUAUGUGUAUUUCCCACAUAGGGGCAGUACAAUACAGAGACAAGAAGAGUUUCACAACUGACUCCAUACGCUGCAGUAAUGUUAGCCGUUUUUUUCCUUUUUUCCCCCCGCAUAAUAUAAAGAACAUGAGGAGGAUUGUUGUUUGUUACUGUUUUCAAAUAUCCGUUACCUAAAGAGUUAAUGGUGACACACAUGCUGUUCGUUAGCCCCUCUAUGCGGUUUUGCAUUAAGCUAAUGGACUUUUGUAAGGCAAAGUUACGUGGUUACACAUGUAGUUGAGUUUGUUUUAUAUUUGGCUUUGAUGGACAACGUCAAGUGGGAGUGGCAAACAGCUUGAAGCCUCCCUUUUUAAACAUUAUUCACUAUCUGCUGUGAAGUGAGUUCAGUUCAUUGCCACCAUACAGUGGUUGUAUCUCAAAUUUGUGAUUGCAAGUCAAAGAUAAAAAAAAAAAAAAAAAAGCCAAACGAGGGCUCAUAUUGAAAAACUUGGAAGUCAGGUCACUCGUAUCUCAAGGCAGAACUAAGUGAUUUGAACUUGUAGAUUGUACUGAGGAAUGAUGACAAGGUUUGUUGCAGUUUUCAUACAUCCAAAACAUAGUUUAAAAAUUACAGCACCGUAAGACAUUUUUUACUUUCGCAUAAGCACCAACAAUCAUACAGUUAUUUUUAUUAAGUUAUUCCGAUUUCCUCUCUAGAUCACAGAAAUGUAUUACUUUUGUUUUGCCCGAUUUGCUUUAUGUGUUACUGUAUAUUUGCUCAAAUGAGCCCUCUUAAUUCUUCUUUCUAGAAACCAGAAGACUGAGUACGGUAUGAUUGUAAAGAUACAGUGCAAGAGUUGUGUUUGAGAUUCCUAUUUGGCAGCAAUAGCCUGUAACUUCAGUCAUGUAUGGUCAUGACAUUUUUACAGUUGUUUCUUUUUACUAAAUGUACUGUCAUACUCUUUAUGGUAUAUGUCGAGCACUGCAUUAUCGUUGGGAAGUUCAACUAAAUCACGUCAGCUUCAAGGGAAUUUGAAUCAAUAUUUUGUGUGUUGCUUUGAUUUGUGGAUUAAAAUGAUAA